CUCUGUAUAUUUGACGAAUUUAACAGCAAAAAGUAAUCCAAAUUUCUGUCGUCAUAUUUUGUUAAAAUCAAGAUCAACAACAUGCGGCCUGUCAAAUAGAUAGACAAGGAAAGGAAAAAGGGAAGACAAUCUGAUUAUUGUGUCAUUACGUUGACGGCAGCUUACUAGGUAAUGAUGUGGAAAUCGUGUCUUGACAAACACCGUCAGCACAACAAUCAGCGCUAGUGUGUUUCCUGUGAAGGGAUAUUAAAUACGGGAGACAGAGUUAAAUCUUAGCGUGUCUCAUGGCAGCCGAGGGAAAGCUGUUGGGUAACGAAGGGGGGCCGAAUAGGCGACUCUCUUGACGGGAUACCGGAUGUGUUCAGGAAUCGCCAACUGGCAUGAUGAAACACCCUGAUAAAACCCAGGCCAUGUUGUUGGAAAAUUUAAGGGUUAUAUCGGAGUAUCGUCGAAAGUCUCUGGCAGUGGAAUCUCUGUCUAGGCGUUCAUCCCGAACAACGCCGUUAUGGAGUUCAGGCUCCAGUUCGGGUCGGGACGGCGACGGAUUGGGUCGACACCUCAGCUCCAGAGCAUCAUCUCUACGACACCAGGGAGGCUAUCGCAAGAAGGACUCAUCUGCCUCAUUCAUCGACCCAACUUUAGCGACUGUCAGAGACUUGUACACUACCAGAAGAUACCGCGAAAUUGGCAAGGAGGUAAAAAUAGCUCCGAAUCCUGUCAACGUUGCCGAAACGGUGUCGGGCUUAGUGGCAACCCCCGCCAUCAGUAUGGGGGUUCCAGGGGAAGCUGCAGUGACCAGACACUUCGCUGCACUAGAGGAAGCUCCUCCCGACCCCCAUCUCAUCAUCAGAAGUAAACAGAGCACGAAGCGUGUGAUUUUAAAUGUUGGGGGUGUGCGGCAUGAAGUGUUAUGGCGAACUCUAGAUAGAAUGCCGCACACCCGUCUAGGAAAACUACGGGACUGUAUAACUCAUGAAUCAAUUAUGGAGCUAUGUGAUGAUUAUAAUUUAUCUGAAAAUGAAUACUUCUUUGAUCGACAUCCCCGAUCAUUUGCUUCAAUAUUAAAUUUUUAUCGUUCUGGAAAGUUACAUCUUGUGGAAGAAAUGUGUGUGCUAUCUUUUAGUGAGGAUUUAGAAUACUGGGGUAUAGACGAAUUAUAUUUGGAAUCGUGUUGUCAGCAUAAAUAUCACCAGAAAAAAGAACAUGUGUUUGAGGAAAUUCGAAAGGAGGCUGAAUCAAUACGACAGAGAGAUGAGGACGACUUUGGGACCGGAAGGUGCGCCAAGACAAGGCAAAGAGUGUGGGAUUUAUUGGAGAAGCCAACGACUUCAAUGGCAGCUCGGGUAUGAAAUUUUCAUUAUCAACCGGUACAUUCGCUGAAUUGCGUUCAGGGUGUGUUUGUUUGGCACACAUGUCUCUUUGAUCGUCUUGUCGAUACUGGAAAAAAAUGUUGAUAAAUUAUUGUUUUCAUUCUCCAACCGUGAAAUAAUUCGUUUUCUAUAAAUUAUAUAUAUAUAUAUAGUCUAAAAGUUUGUUGAUCUAUUAUUAUUACUAGACGUUGUGAUAACUUGAGUUUCUAGUUUGCAGCAUCGAAUUAUAUCACCAAAAUAAAUUACUAGGAAGCCAAUAUCGACCCAUGACGCACACCCUAUUAAAAACAACCAUUAAUACAUCAUAAGUAUCACUAUUUUAACUUUUAAAAAUCUAACGAAUUCAUUUUGUUUCGAUACAAGGUGCCCCAACCCCUCGGCUUCCUAUUAAUUUGAUUCAGCAUUUUAAUACGUGUCUAGAAUACUUACUUAGAAAAAUUUGCAAUUUUAAAGCUUCACUUUAGAAAUAAUCAAGCUUGAC